AUGAAUUCGGCACGGCUGUUAAGGCUACGGAAGGUCAGAUGGGAGAAAGAGCUGGCCACCAGCUGGGAAAAGAUCAAGCCGAAGAGUGGGAAGGGGCAAGCAUUGCGGUUCUGGUUAUGGAAGAUGACGGAGUACACGUCCUCUCCAGCUGCUAUUGAGCAGUACCGCUCUGCCCGCGCGCGCACAGCGGACUGGGUCACCGUUCACCACAACGACCCCAGUAGCUUCCUCUCACCCUCUGUUCCUCCCUCUUUGGUCGAUGACUCAGACGAUGGGAUGAGUACGCCUUCGGAUAGCGACUUUAGCUCUCACUCUGUCCCUCCUCGCAUGAUGCUCAAGUACCCUGACGGUCGACCGGAUAUCCCGAUUUCAGAAUCCGCCGGGUAUAGCGACGAGACUCGAACAUCGAGCAGAGAUCGAGACAGAAGAAAGGAAGUCGACGGAUGGCCUGGCUCUUCUCCAUACGCCAAAACCCCUUUGAUGCCGCCACCACAUCCUUCUUAUGCUUCGGGCCACGCCGCCACCCGUUCGCGUGCCACAUCACAUCCCCACUCUUCACUACCACCAUUUGCAUCCCUGCCUUCAGCUUCGACCGUCCUCAUGGUCCCGCCACCACCGCAGGCUUCUUACUAUCAUGCUCCUGAAACUAUCCAGAUCCAUCCUUCCGGCCCGUACAUGUCUGUUGAUCCUCAGGGUCAAGGCUCAGGUUCUCAGCGCUCGAAAUCCAUGCACUCAUCCCGUUCGAAGCGUAGCUCCACAAAUCAUCCACCAUUACAGAUGAUUUACACACCUCCAAAUCCGCCUCCCCUACCCUCCAACACCGUCUCACCAUCGCGUUCGCAUUUUAGUCAACAGCAGCAGCCACGAGAGAUACUCGCUCCCUCUCCUGUCUACGCAUACUCGAACAAGCCCGAAAUAACAGAUCCGGAUCGUAUCCCUGAGCCCGAACUAGAGCAAACCCCUACACCUGGACCAGUAGAUGUCGCCCGUGAACACCGCGCGCAAUAUGGGUCACAUUCUAGCUCGCGUCUACAAGCGCCUGCACACCACACUCAUACCCUAUCCAAAUCCAGCAGCGGCAGCGGCGGGCGGGGAAAUAAGCCGCCUUCCAUAGUCUACGCACCAUCGAAACAUUCCUCUUCUGUCAGUUUCAAUUACGACCCUCCCGUCAUCACAAAGCACCCACCGCACCCAGCCGCCGUACCAAUGCAGCGUACACCUUCGCAGCACCCCUCAGCGCACCUUCCAGAGCCUUCGCGGCACUCAUCACGUCAGAGGGCUCACUCUCCGUCGCGCUCGCAGCCGCCACCCACCAAGAAAGUUCCUACAUCCCAGCCCCUCAUCCCAUCGUACUCGGAUCCUACCUAUAAUCGAGAUCACUAUACAACGGGCGCAUCGAAGUACUACACUACGGUCAAUCACGGUGGACAUAAGUCUUCGAGCAGGCAGGGAUACGAUCGUUACGCUCGGGCGCCCUCCCCGGACGAGCGUGGCCACCGUGGUGGCGGGUAUACCUAUGAUGACCGCCAGCGCGACAGUCACAGUUCGGGAAGCACGUACUACGUUAUUCCCUCACCGGGCCAAAAGAUCACAAUUGUCCCCACGAAUCAUAACGCCAAAAUCUACUCUACGUCUCCUUCCCGCACUCAAAUCUACGCCGACUCCACCAACACCCACCGCUCUCACCAUUCCUCCCAUUCCCAUCCUCGCUCUGCAACCGUAGCGCCCAUUAUGCCCCCUCCCGAGGCGGAGCAUGAGCCCCAAAGCGCCAAACGCCCCUUGCUCCAGCGUAUUCUCCGUCGUCCUCCACAAGGGAACGGUCGUAGCACACCCGAACCUACGAGUGCAAAGUCCGGAGGUGGAAGUUUCGCGCACGGACUAGGCAGCUUGGGGCCUGCGAAGCUGCGGCGACGAUUGACGGAGCGCGGGGACCGGUAACCGGUGACGAGAGGUUGUCGUUAUUUGUGGCGAAGGAACGGGAACUGUAGAUGUGAGCGCUUUGCAAGUCUCUGGUCUUUUGGUCUAUGGUGCCGUGUCGUGGACGAUACCCAUUUUUGGAGGCAUUCUAUUCUGGUUCUCGAAGGCUUUUGUCGAGGAAGUGAGUUAGCUGUAUUUGUGUCGUAGAGUGCUCUGGGCCUCUAUAGUUUUGGUCAGAUGUCUCAUGUCCUCCUCGCAAGAAGAGGUUUGAGAUAGCACCGUUUUGAAGGUGAAUGGCGAGCGAGAGGAGAUGCCGUGCCUGAUUCGUUUCUUGUACAUUCUGUUUCUUGUGGAUUCCGGUUCUUUGCUUCUGUGGUUAUUGUGCUUUACACUCCUUUUUCUUUUCUUUUUUUCGUUUCUUUUUCUUUUCUUUUUCUUUUUCUUGCAUCGCCUUCCUCUUUUUCGUUUCGCCUCAUCUUGCCUCUCUUGUCUUCACCUUUCUUUGCCUCUUCAAGGACUUCAUGUUUUGUGCUCACUAGCAAAAGCAAUGUACGACAUAGUUGUACUCUCUUGCACUCACAUCUGUACUCUCAGUGCACCUCCCGUCGGACUCCCACCUCGCAUUCUCCCAUCUCUCCUUAUCCGCUCUCGUACAUGUAUCGCACAUCACCUUCACGUCCUUACUCUAUCCCGACCGGCAGUCACAAGGACUCGACCAACCAGUCUGGAUUAUACACUUGUACUAAUACCCCUUCGUUUUUCGUUCUCACCAUGCCUGAUCGUCAACUCUCAUUGCUUUCCUCUUUCGCUCGCUGUUCAUGAUUUCAUGUUGACGAUUCGCACGAUGACGAUCCUUUUGCUCGCUUUGAAAAGGCUCAACUUGCUAUUGUAUACCUUAGAUUAUCAUGCUACAUACGUUCUGUAGUAUACUGUAGUAAGUCUGUGUAGUAUGAUAGCGCGAGAUGACGACUCCGAUGAAGAAAACUUGAAU